UUUGUUACGUGACGGUGCUCGGGUCCGUGGCAGCCAGACAACACUCACGCGCUCUGCAGAAGGGGGGCGGGAGUCUCUAUACAAGCUGUCCCCCACCCCGGGGUGGGACCCCAGAGGACUCCGGACCGGCCUCAGCUCACAGGCCGCCAGGCAGCGGCGAGACAUGCCCCGACCACCUCUCCAGUUCCACGCCGACGGAGAGUCGCCCUCGUCGGGUCACUCUGUAGAGAACGGCCUGGAGGAGGCGGAGGAGGUGGAGGAGGAGGUGGAGGAUGAAGGAGACCUGGACGACACGGUGGACGCGUCUCAUCUGGAAAGGUUUAUGAAGGACAGACGGAGAGCCCAGUCCCUCCCCGCGUACCCGGCGGCGCUCCUGGACGGAGUCCCCGGGAGCAACGAGAGGAAGAGGGUGAAGUUCGCCGACAGCAUGGGGCUGACCCUGGAGAGCGUCAAGCACUUCAGCUCUCUGGAGGAGCCGGAGAUCCCCAGCAAGGUCCUGUCCAGACACAAGAGCUUCCCGCCGCAGCAGCAGGGGGUGCUCAACGACCUGUGCCAGAGCUUCAAGUCCGGCCUGGGCACAGACCGGCUGGUCGCUUGUUUCCCGGAGCUCCGGGACGCGGAGCUGAGAGUCCAGCGGCUCCGGGUCUGCCUGGAGAAGGUCGUCAUCACCCAGUUCGACGUGCGGGGACAGAUCCGGGUCUUAAACUGCUGCAGCGACCAGGAGGUGGGAGUGAGGUACACCUUCAACGAGUGGCUCUCCUACGUGGACGCGCAGGCUCCGCCCGUGGCCGCCGAGGAGCCGGGCUGUGCGGGGCAGCGCUUCGCCUUCACCGUGUACACGCCGCCCUUCAUGGACCCCAGCUCGGCCGUGCACUUCGCCGUGUACCUGAGAGGCGAGGAGGGGGAGUUCUGGGACAACAACGAGGGGCAGAACUACACCCUGAGGUACCGAAGCAUGUCCGGUAACGCGCCCUCAGUCAGCGCCGCUUUCCACGCCACAUGAGCCGUGCGUAAAAACGCGCCACCCGUGCGUAAAAGUCCCUCCAGCAGCAGCGCCAGAGCCGCACCUGCUCCUUCCCGUUUAUUCUGUGUCGUGUCGAGUCUAUUUGAGAUUAGAAAACCUCUCUUGACUUUCAGAAGGACAACGACUCAAAGACAGUUCUGGACUCUCAUUCUCUCCGGAGGACAGAAAGCACAGCGGCAGGUUCUGGAUGAACUGUUGAACCACUGACACCAGGUCACCGCUGCUCCAGGACUCAAACUGCUGAAAAAAAGAUGUGGAAAAAUAGAUUUUCUGUAAUAAAAACAUACUAACACCA